AUGGCCCCCCUCGCUAAGUCCCUUGCUGUCGCCGUCACGGCCUUCGCCGCUCUAGGCGCUGCCGCUCCUGGCCACGCCCACAUGCACAAACACAAGCGCGACGAAGUUACCGUCUGGAACACUGUCACCACCGUCGUUUGGACCACCGUUGAUGUCACAACCACCGUCACCAAUGGCCAGAGCGUUCCUACCACCCGCAUUGAGCAGACUGUCAAUGAGGCUACUGCCCCUGCCCCCAAGCUUGAGGAACCUACUUCCACCAGCACCAGCACCAGCACCACCACCGCUCAGCUUACCUCUUCUACCACUGAAGCUGCCGCGCCUUCUGUCGAGAACACCGUGCAGGUCCCCACUGUUUCCAUUCCUACCCAGGAACCGGCUCCCGAGCCUACUCAGGAGCCCGAGCCUGAGCCCACCACCACUCAGCAGGCUCCUCCUGUCCAGACGUCAACCGUCGAGCCCCAGCCUGAACCUACCCAGAGCUCUGGAGGCGGUGGCGGCAGCUCUGGAGGCCCUUGCUCUUCCGGCUCCCCCUGCACUGGUCAGGUUACCUUCUAUGAUGUUGCUACCUCCCGGAGUGCUCCCAGCAGCUGCGGUGAGGUGAACGACGGUAGCACCGACAAGGUCCUUGCUCUUCCGGUUGGAAUCAUGCAAGACAGCGACUGCGGAAGGACCGUUACCAUCAAGUACAAGGGCAAGACUUCCACCGCCAAGGUUGUCGACAAGUGCAUGGGCUGCGAUGACAGCUCGAUCGACCUGUCGCGUGCUUCCUUCCUUGACCUCGCCAGCGAGUCUGAGGGCAGACUUUUCGGUGUUGAAUGGUUUAUGCAGUAA